AUGGUGGACAUGGGGGGCCUGGACAACCUCAUCGCCAACACAGCCUACCUGCAGGCACGCAAGAGCUCCGAGGCCGACAGUCGGGAGCUGCAGCGGAGGCGCCGGAGCUUGGUGCUACCCACGUUGCAGAGCUGUGAGCCGCUGCGUCAGGCCCUGUCCCAAGACUUCCACAGCCUGUGUGAGCAGCAGCCCAUCGGCCGCCGCCUCUUUGCUGCCUUCCUGGCCACCGUGCCCGCCUAUGCACAGACGGCUGCCUUCCUAGAGGAGGUGCGGGCCUGGGAGCUGGCCGAGGAGGGCCCGGUUCGGGCACGCAUGCUGCAGACGUUGCUGGCCUCCUGCGUGGCCACUUGCAAGGACACCUGCCCGGCCACCUGCAAGGCCACCUGCACUGCUGCCCCGCAGCCCUUCCUCAGCCCAGCUCUGGCCACCCAAUGCAGAGCCCCAAACACCGAACAGGAACAGAGGGUCCUGGUGGCACAGGCCAAGGAGGAGGCCAUGGCUUUCUUGCAAGACCAGCCGUUCCAGGAUUUCUUGGGCAGCCUCUUCUAUGACAGGUUUCUGCAGUGGAAGGCCUUUGAGAGACAACCCGUGUCCGAUAAGUACUUCACUGAGUUCCGGGUGCUGGGCAAAGGCGGAUUUGGGGAGGUCUGCGCCGUGCAGGUGAGGAACACCGGGAAGAUGUACGCCUGCAAGAAGCUGGACAAGAAGCGGUUGAAGAAGAAGAAUGGGGAGAAGAUGGCGCUGUUGGAAAAGGAGAUCAUGGAGCGUGUCCACAGCCCCUUCAUUGUCUCCCUGGCCUACGCCUUUGAGAGCAAGUCGCAUCUCUGCCUGGUCAUGAGCCUGAUGAACGGGGGAGACCUCAAGUUCCAUAUCUACCAUGUGGGCACACGCGGCCUGGCCAUGAGCCGCGUGGUUUUCUACUCGGCCCAGAUGGCCUGCGCCCUGUUACACCUGCAUGGGCUCCAGAUCCUCUACAGGGACAUGAAACCAGAGAACGUUCUGCUGGAUGAUGCGGGCAACUGCAGACUGUCUGACCUGGGGCUGGCCGUGCAGGUCCCGGAGGGCAAAUCCGUCACACAGAGGGCUGGAACCCACGGCUAUAUGGCACCUGAAAUCCUAAUGGAGAAAGUUAAUUAUUCCUAUCCUGUGGACUGGUUUGCGAUGGGCUGCAGCAUUUAUGAAAUGGUGGCUGGACGAACUCCAUUCAAAGACUACAAGGAAAAGGUCACAAAAGAGGAUUUAAAGCAAAGAACCCUCAAAGAAGAAGUCAGAUUUCAGCACGAAAACUUCACAGAGGAAGUCAAAGCUAUUUGCAGCCUCUUCUUGGCCAAGAAACCAGAGCAACGCUUAGGCAGCAGAGAAAAAGGUGAUGAUCCAAGGAAACAUCCUUUCUUCAAGACCAUCAACUUCCCUCGCUUGGAAGCCGGCCUCGUGGAACCCCCAUUUGUGCCAGACCCUUCUGUGGUCUAUGCUAAAGACAUUGAUGACAUCGAAGACUUUUCGGAGGUUCGGGGGAUUGAAUUCGAUGACAAAGAUAAAAACUUCUUCGAAAGGUUUGCUACAGGGGCUGUCCCCAAGGCGUGGCAGGAAGAGAUGCUGGAGACGGGGUUGUUUGAGGAGCUCAGUGAUGCCAGCCGGCUCGCUGGGUGUGAGCAGGGAUCCCCUGCUAAGUCCACGGUGUGUGUUCUCUUCUAG